AUGAUUACUCUGGGAACCAAUAUCUCUGCCAUUUAUGGGCUUUUGGACCGGCUACGUAGUGCUAUGCGUGCUGAUGGUACUGCUCAAGUUGCUAUACUUGAAGCUGGAGAUGCUACAAACUUGAAAACUGUUUUGAAGAGUCUCAUCCGAGGCGUUUUGGCGGACGGAACAGUUGAAGAGUUUGGUGGUGAUCCUACCCCACGUCCCUUGGGCCCAAAGCUUCUGCCAUAUGACUUAGAGUUGUUGCAUGGCUACGUUCAGCAAAACAUAGACCAGAAGAUAGUGGUCGCGUUUAAGGAUAGCGAAGCCUUUGAUUGUACCGUUCUGAACGACCUCAUCUCUUUGCUAUGGUCGUGGCAUGACCGUAUCCCUUUUGUGUUUCUUUUUGGAGUAGCGACAUCACUCGACCUUUUCGAGGCUCGACUACCUCGGUCGACAAAGAUUAUUUCCAAAGUCCCAAACGGUUUAGCGCUUCUCUUAAGACAUGCUCAAACGCUCUUGGAUGAUAAAGAUUCAAAGAUAGUGAGAAAGCUUCUUGACGAUGAUAAAUUCCUCGCGAAAGAGGCCCUAAAACAUGUGAAGAUGGGCCAGGAAGCUAUGGCCCGUAUGUUUAAGUGCGUGCGUGCCUUGAAAACGACGCACGGGUGUGUCAAAGUUACAAAAUCGCCGAAUUUGUCAACCAUUAUUAUCAAAGCUCUCGGCGGAGAAUUGUAUGACUCGAAAAUCGUCGGCGAGACGCUAUCAGCCAUCAAGAAAAUAACUUCCGAUUCACUUAAGAGCCUGCUCGUCGUGCUUGCAGAGGCGUUACCACAGACUAGUGACCUUUCCCGUCAGCUUCAGAUCCUGUUAGCCGGAAAAAAGGGAAUGGAUCCCUUGAGAACUCAAUACGACGACUCUCGAGUUACGCAUAAAACCACGAUCGUAGCUCAACGGUUAAAACUGACCAAGGGGAAAGUAAAUCUUUCCCAAGAAGAAGCUGAAUAUACCAAAAUUGUCGACCUCCUCCACGCAGCAUUCCAAGCGUACCUGAUCGAUAAUCUCAUCCAACCCACCAGUCUUUUUAUGCACGAGGUAUUCCUGUAUGACUUCAAGAACCCAGUCAGGGAUACCUUCGCGCCCCGGCCAAGGUUCACGGCGGAACGCGCUCUAUCGAAUCCGUCGGACUAUUUAGCCUUUGGUUCAGACAAGACUUUCGAAAAUCUGUCGGCGUAUCAACCUGCGACAACGCUAUUAUACCAGCUUUACUUGGAAUCCGGUGCCCUUGUGAACAUCUAUGAUCUAUGGUGGGCGUUUUAUACUAUUAUUGGUGGCGAAGACGGUGAGAACUGUAAUGAGCGGACUGCGCUGGGCAUGUUCUAUCGUGCUGCUUCCGAAUUAAAAAUGAUGGGCAUGGUAAAACUAAGCCGGAGAAAGACAGAUCAUCUUGCAAAGCUGAGCUGGAUUGGACUGUAA